UACAUAGACCCGAGAGUCUACUACGUUUAACCUUUUUAAUAAUACAUGCAUAUAGCAUAGCAUAGCAUAAUGAUCCACUUUUCAAAGGGCAUGGCGGUUGUUUAAUGCUCUGUUCUUGUGAUACAUUUCAGUUGUUUGUAUUGACUGAUGGGGGAAGAAGACAUGAGGUUUGUGGUGCUAAACUCAGGGCACAAGAUGCCCCUUGUGGCUAUGGGCACUUCCAAAACUCCCUUUGGUGAAGAUGUAUCCAUAAAAGGCCCCAUCCUAGAGGCUAUGAUGGUGGGUUACAGGCACUUUGACACUGCUAGUGUCUAUAAGUCAGAGAGAGACCUUGGUGAAGCUGUGGCCCAAGCCCUCGUUACAGGUGUUCUCCGGUCUCGGGCCGACCUCUUCAUCACCUCCAAGCUUUGGACCACUGAUGCAUAUCCAGAGGGAGUCUUGCUGGCCCUUCGCGAAACACUGAAGCGAUUGCAAGUAGAGUAUUUGGAUUUGUACCUCAUUCAUUUUCCAGCAAGAUCAAAGACAGCAGAGUUUGGAAAAGAAGAAAUUCUCCCCAUUGAUUUGGAAGGGACAUGGAAGGCCAUGGAAGAGUGUUGCAAAAUGGGACUCACCAAGUCCAUUGGAGUCAGCAACUUCUCAUGCAAGAAGCUACAAGAUUUGCUGGCCAUUGCCACCAUUCCCCCUGCAGUUAACCAGGUGGAAAUGCACCCAUUUUGGCAGCAGAGGAAACUGAGAGGCUUCUGUGAAGCCAAAGGUAUCCAUGUGGAAGCAUUUUCUCCUUUGGGAGGGGGAGGAGUCACCUGGGGUCCCAAUGCAGUUUUGGAUUGUGAGCUUCUCACAGAAAUAGCUCAGGCCAAAGGAAAGAGCCUUGCGCAGGUUUGUUUGAGAUGGGGAUUUCAGCAAGGGGUAACACUGGUGUUAAAGAGCUUCAAAAGGGAGAGGUUGAAGGAGAACCUCCAAAUAUUUGAUUGGGAGCUCAAUGAAGAGGAGCUGCACAAAAUUGGUGAAAUUCCUCAAAUGAAGUUUGCUCGUGCUGAGAAGUAUGUAACGCCUGAAGGACCUUUUAAGACUUUGGAGGAUAUAUGGGAUGGAGAGAUAUAAAACCAUGGCCAAUAAGACUGUAGUGAGUCAAGGUCUUUUACUUCUACAAAUUUGAUGGUUAUGGGGUCAUUUAAUGCUUACUAAUUUGAAUUGUUCACAAGAAUAGGGUUGGAGCUUGAGUAGUUAGCAGUUGACACGUUAAGCAAUGGUACAUCUUAAGUUCUAUUCCU